GGCGGCCCUAUUAUUUCAUUUGCAAUAAUGGAGGAGUUACAGAGUCUUUGGCCUACAAGAGAAAGGGGCUACUGCUCGGACUUGAAUCUCAAUCGCAGAAUUGAGGUUUCUCCUGACCUCCAAUUGAGGUUGGUGGGACCCUGCCCUCAUCCCACUUUUGCUUUGUUUUGUUUUGUCUGUUUUUUACUCCUUCGCGACUUCGCACCCUCGCGAGAAAUGUAAGCCACUUCGGUCUGGCUAGUGGAAAUCAGAGAAUGUGGAAAAGCUGGAUGAGCAGGAAGUCCGUGGCUGGCCCUGCCAUCUGACAUAUAAACAGGAUGUAAUUUGCCUGACUGAAGCGGAUUAGGACCAACAGGAAGAAUUUUCGAUUUACUGUGGGGAAGAUAAAGAGCACCAAAUAGUAGCAAAAGAGUUUAUCGUACCUCAAGGCCCAGUCGGAAAAGAAGAAUGUAUUGGAAGAUUUGAUAAGUUAGUGUACAAAGAUUUAACAGGGUCAGUGCCGUCCCCCCUUAAAAAAAAAAUAAGACCAGAGAGCUUGGGGAUCCCGCGCUUGUAUUAGUCAACGUGAACAUCAACUAGUUUGCGGGCCAGGGUACCUCAGCUGCUGCAGUAGAUACGUCAGUCGGGGAAAGGGGGAACCACCGGCGUAUUCCCCUGUAUUGCCCACCUGCCCCGGAAGUAGUGUUGCGUUGGAGCCUUGCCUUCCGGGGCAGAUUGUCUGUUGUUGCCGCAGCUGUGAGAAGGGGAGGCCAUUUUCUGUUUCUAGGAAGAGUAAGAGCUAAGGGGAGAGGGGAAAAGAAAAGGAAAGAAGGGCUCAGCACCUCCCCGCCGACCCGUGGACAGAGGGGCACUUUCGGCAGGCGGGUGAGGUCGCUGAGGGCCCGGAGAUGUUUUCCCUGUCGAGUACGGUGCAGCCCCAGGUUACAGUUCCUCUGAGUCACCUCAUCAAUGCCUUCCAUUCACCAAAAAACACAUCUAUUUCUGUCAGUGUGUCAGCUUCGCAAAACCACCAUGGAGAUGUAGUUCCUGACCAUGAGGCUGCUGGCAAUGAGGGGUUCCUUUUGCGGGACAGAGGAUCAGAUGUUGAGAGUUUGGACAAACUCAUGAAAACCAAAAAUAUACCUGAAGCUCACCAAGAUGCAUUAAAAACUGGUUUUGCAGAGGGUUUUCUGAAAGCUCAAGCACUAACGCAAAAAACCAAUGAUUCUCUGAGACGAACUCGUCUGAUUCUCUUCGUUCUGCUGCUAUUUGGCAUUUAUGGACUCUUAAAAAACCCAUUUUUAUCUGUCCGCUUCCGGACAACAACGGGGCUUGAUUCUGCAGUAGAUCCUGUCCAGAUGAAAAAUGUCACCUUUGAACAUGUUAAAGGACAAUGUGAGGGCUGGGCAAAAUGGGUGAAGGGGAAAGGGAGAAACGUGCUUCCAGUUGUCGAAUGGUUCUAUUUAUUUUUUCUUUUAGGAAUACUUUUAGUUGGACCACCAGGGACAGGGAAGACACUUCUUGCUCGAGCUGUGGCUGGAGAAGCUGAUGUUCCUUUUUAUUAUGCUUCUGGAUCAGAAUUUGAUGAAAUGUUUGUGGGUGUGGGAGCCAGCCGUAUCAGAAAUCUAUUUAGGGAAGCAAAAGCAAAUGCUCCCUGUGUUAUAUUUAUUGAUGAAUUAGAUUCUGUUGGUGGGAAGCGAAUUGAGUCUCCAAUGCACCCAUAUUCAAGGCAGACUAUAAAUCAACUUCUUGCUGAAAUGGAUGGUUUUAAACCCAAUGAAGGAGUUAUCAUAAUAGGAGCCACAAACUUCCCAGAGGCAUUAGAUAAUGCCUUAAUACGUCCUGGUCGUUUUGACAUGCAGGUUACAGUUCCAAGACCAGAUGUAAAAGGUCGAACAGAAAUUUUGAAAUGGUAUCUCAAUAAAAUAAAGUUUGAUCAGUCUGUUGAUCCAGAAAUUAUAGCUCGAGUUACUGUUGGCUUUUCUGGAGCAGAGUUGGAGAAUCUUGUGAACCAGGCUGCAUUAAAGGCAGCUGUUGAUGGAAAAGAAAUGGUUACCAUGAAGGAACUAGAGUUUUCCAAAGAUAAAAUUCUAAUGGGGCCUGAACGUAGAAGUGUGGAAAUUGAUAACAAAAACAAAACCAUCACAGCAUAUCAUGAAUCUGGUCAUGCUAUUAUUGCAUAUUAUACUAAAGAUGCAAUGCCUAUCAACAAAGCUACAAUCAUGCCACGAGGGCCAACACUUGGACAUGUGUCCCUUUUGCCUGAGAAUGACAGAUGGAAUGAAACUAGAGCUCAGUUGCUUGCACAGAUGGACGUUAGUAUGGGAGGAAGAGUAGCUGAGGAGCUUAUAUUUGGAACUGACCAUAUCACAACAGGUGCUUCCAGUGAUUUUGAUAAUGCAACUAAAAUAGCAAAGCGGAUGGUUACCAAAUUUGGAAUGAGUGAAAAGCUUGGAGUUAUGACCUACAGUGAUACUGGGAAACUGAGUCCAGAAACUCAAUCUGCUAUUGAACAAGAAAUUAGAAUCCUUCUAAGGGACUCAUACGAACGAGCGAGACAUAUCUUGAAGACUCAUGCAAAAGAGCAUAAGAAUCUAGCAGAAGCUUUACUAACCUAUGAGACUUUGGAUGCCAAAGAGAUUCAAAUUGUUCUUGAGGGAAAGAAAUUGGAAGUGAGAUGAUAACUCUUAAAAUGGAUGCAUUGCUGGUUUUACUGCAAGAAUAUAUAAGUAGCAUUUCAGUAGUCUUUUGCAAUGCUUUUCUCCCAUUCUUGCCUUGGUGUCACUCAAGGGUGUGAAACACUUUGUCUCUCUUUUGUCAUGUUUAAUCUAAUUUUGGUUAUUCUCAUAAUGACACCUAUUGCAAAUUAUCAACCCAUAAUAAAUAUGUUAAAGAAAAUAAAGAACUAUUAGGAUUGGAAACAGCUUGUUUGAGAAAUGUCAAUAAGUUAUUCAUUUGAAAAUAAGUAGUAAUUUUAUGGUUGGUUCCUCUACUAGACGUGAGUAAAAAUUGUGCCUUUAGCUCUUUGGAAGUAUUUUUACUUGGCAAAGUAAAAUUGUUGAAGGAUUGUCUUUGUUUUUAGAUAGUACCUUUUAUCUUUGUUAAAGAUAUGCUGCCGUUUGGCUAUCGGUGAACCAUAUUUCUAUAUAGGUCAGUGGAAACUUCAUUAAGAUGCACUUAAUUAUGCUCCAGAGUGUCCAUAUAUAAAAUAGUUCUUUUUGUUUUUGCCUAAGAGUAGAGAAUUGUAAAUGUACAGAUAUAAUCAGAGUUUAAAUGAUUAUAACCUUUUGGAAAUGCAGCUUGCAUUUUCAUGGUCUUUUUUCUUUUAAACAUCAUUAUCAUUCUUACUAAUGAAAUUUAUUUCAGAGCUGCAAGUGUUUUGUUAAAUAAAAAGUGAGUCACUUCAAAAUCUAAAUAACUAUAAUUAUGCUUGGUAUUAAAAGAAAAAUUAACCCAAAAUCUCAGUCCCUUCAGAGUGAACUUUGAAUUACCCUAUGUUAGAAAUGGAAAGUUGUGUUUGCUUUUCAUUUGGAUUUUGUGAAUAUGAACAUGUUGUUACAGGAUUUACAGAUGACUUUAUUUAACUCAAUAGAAAAAUUAUUUUAGAGCUCAUUGUAUUGGUUUUACAACCAAAUAUAUUCUUGAAGUGAUUUUAUUAAAAUUACCUACAGUUUUCUAAUAAC